AUGCGAGUGGUUGGAGAUAUUCGGGACUGGACUGACCAUAUCCUGACUGAGUGCGAGGCUCUGGUUGAGGAUGUGAUUCGGGACUUAGCCGAAGAGGGUCAAGUGCCUACAGUCCCUGACGUUCCUGGCGCUCCUGAGGAGGAUCCGGAGGACUCUGAGGAGGAUUCGGAGGAGGACCCGAGUGCAUCCAGGGAGUCGAUUAAUACGUUUACGGAGAUUUUGGAGAAGGCCCAAAGGAUAGAGACUGUCAGGGUACAAGUGAGAAAUUUUCACACAAAACGGAGAAGGGUAUCUAGUGGAGUUCAAGGGUCAGCGCAAAGUGAUCGGAACAUGCCACCUGCUAAAUCCAGUCGUGGGGCUGGAGGUGGAAGGUUUUCGAGUGCAUCUAGGAGAGGUGCUCAGAGAGAAGGUGCUCAGAGAGGAGGUUCCCAAAGAGGAGGUGCCCAGAGGGGAGGCCAAAAUGGUAGAGGACAAGAUAGAGGCUUUUCACAGGGAGGCUAG